GAGUGCAACGGUUCACUACCAAAUUGUUUACAAUGGCUGUGCCUAACAAGUGGGAGAAUGCUUGUAGAUUAUGCUCAGAGGAGAAAAACGAAAUGCUGUCGAUUUUUGGUAACGAAGGUGUACAGCGUAAAGUGGCACAAAAGUUACGUGCUUGCCUGCCAGUUCUAGUGUACAAAACCGAUCCACUGCCAAAGCAAAUAUGUCAGUUCUGUGCCGCCAGGUUGGACGACGUUUAUGAGUUUAGAGAAUACUGUCUGAGCGUUUACAAAAGCAUGCACUUGAAGCUGUUAGCUUAUAAGAACAUUGAAUCUGUUCAGAUUUAUUUAGAAGCAAUGAGAAAUUCUCCUGAUCCCUGUCAGGCCCAACUAUGGAGAGAAAAGGCUAGAGCACCACCACCAUUAGUACCUUUGCCAGUUUCACUGCCAGUUGAAAGUCCAUCAAUGCCAAUAGAUAUUAGUCAAGACCAUCAAAAUAGUUGCAUUGAAUCAUUACCUGAAUUGCCAUGUGAAGUAGAGAUCAAAGAAAUGACUACAGAACCAAUAUUGGGAAUAGGUGUUAAUGUAUAUGAACCAUCACAUAAAAACAACAUAGAAAAUGAAUCAUAUGAUAAGUUAGAUAUAAUAGUGGAACAAAAUACAAGCUUAUUAAAAGAAGAAAGCAAUGACUCAAAACAAGGAAUACAGGUAAAAGAAGAAGAAAAGAGGACGAGUAUUUUAGAACAAGUACUAAUGGGUAGUUUAACAAUGAAUGAUAGGAAGGACUUAAAUUCAGAAACAAAGCUAUCCUCUAAGUGGUGGUGUACUCCUUGCAAUAGUUAUUAUAAAACAAAGGAAAGUUUAAUGAAACAUAUGCAGUUACAUUGUCCAAGAAAGUAUAAUUGCAGGAAAUGUUCUGCUUGUUUUGAGUUGGUAGAAGAUUUGGCUAAACAUGAAGCUACUAAUCAUUUAAAAGUAACAUUAGACUUUGAUAGAAGUGUUCUAGAUUGCGACCAAUGUGAUAGACAAUUUGUUAGUUGGGAGAUGCUGAAGAAACAUAGAUUACGUGAUCACUUAACUCAAAUAAAUGAAAUUGGGUCUAAUACAUGGUGCUCUUUAUGUAAUAGAUUUUUCCCAAGUGUGGAAACUUAUCAAAGUCAUAUUCAAUUACAUGAGGUCAGUAAUUACACACCAACAAAAAUAUUACACCUAACGAAUCAACAAUCGGCGAAGGUUCUUAAAAGUGAAGAACCUUCAAAAGAAGUGAAGAGGGAACAUUUUACAGACGCUACUAAGUCACUUACGUGUCCUACUUGCGGAAAAGUUUGUACUCAACAAAGUGCGUUAUCAAAUCACAUGCGUACUCAUGAACCAAAAAGACAUAAAUGUGAUAUAUGCGGACGAUCAUUUGGACUUUUCAUACGUCUAGCAGCACAUAGAAUGAGUGAACAUAGUCAGCAACCUACAAUGUCGCCUGUAAUGGCUAGCGUUGAACAAGAAGAAGCAUUAAAUGCCGAAAGGGAAGCUAAGGAGGCAAGAGAAGCUAGAACUCGUGCAUCAAGAACUAGGACAUAUUCAGAGAUGAUAGAAAGAGAAGAUAUUCCUAAUCAUGAAGAACCACCUUUAAAAAGAAACGUUCCAUUAAAUACCAAUGCAUUUAAAAAUGUGGCAAGAUGUGGUAUCUGUUUACAGUGGUUCAGCGAUCACACUACAAUGUUAACGCAUUUACAGACACAUUCGGAUAAUUUCACUUGUAAAAAUUUCAUGUGUCAUAUAUGUAAAAAAUCUUUCAAGGAAAAGUGGCAAUUAUUUAGACACGAGGUAUCUCAUAAACGAAAUGAAUCUGCAUCAGUAUAUAUAUGCACAGUAUGUAACAAAUCAUUCGUAGAUAAAAAUGCAUAUAAAGUACAUCAAAAAACGCACAUUGUUGACAAAACAUAUCACUGUCCUAAGUGUAAUAAAAUAUUUUUUAAAGAAGUAUCUCUGCUAACUCAUCAAUGCACGGCAGAAAUUGUGCUCGGUAAAAAAGGAGUAUCCUCAAAGUCUUCGCAAAAGUCUGCAUCAUUGAGUAACAGUAAAAGAUAUAAAUGUUCCAAAUGCAAUGCGUCUUUUAGUAGUUUCCAAUCGAAAAACUCUCAUAUGAGAGUACAUAUGGAAAGUUCACAUACAACAGUGCGAAAACAAGAUUUAAAGGAGGAAUCAGAAGAAGAAAAAACUAUGCCAAAAUUAACACCUGAAACAUCAUUGGAAUAUUCAGUUCCUCCUAUUGAACCAAAAGUAGAAAUAAACGAGGAAAGUACACCACCUCCUGUUAAACGAACUCUAAUCAGGACAACUGGCGGGUAUCGGUGCGGAGUAUGUCAGUCUCCAUUUGUUUUACGGGAACUAGCUGUUGCACAUUUAAGAUCUGCACAUCCUCUGAUGCCAUAUCAGUGCCCUUAUUGUAAGAAACGAUUCACCACGCAAUAUACAUUCACGCAUCAUAUUAAGACAGACCAUCCUGAUGAGCACGAGAAUUGAAUUGUAUAAGUCAACAUGCCAAACGAUUAUUAUACCAUAAAAUAAUGCCUUUGAGAAUAGGGUAACUUUUGUUUAUACAGAGUGAUAACAACUAAUACGAUGCUCAAGUCUUAAACUAUUUGCAGCUAUGUAAAAGAGGAAAAUUUUGAACCAAAAUUUGUUUUCGUAAAAUUAAAAUUGAAAUUGAAAUUAAUUCUUUUCAAUUUGUUACAAAAUUUCUUAAUAAAACAUAAUAUAAUAUGUUUUUUUAAUUCAUUCUAAGGUCCCCUAUAAUGUAAUGAUCUUAAUUUCACUAUGAAAACAAACUAUUUUUAAAAUUGAUUAUGGUUAUUUGUAGUAUACUGGAUACUGAUAAAUUUUGGUUCAUAAUUUCUUUUGUUACGUGACAGCAAGUGGCCAAAGAGUUGUUGAUGUCGCGUUAGACAAAACACCCUGUGUAUGAGAGAUUUAUAUAAUUACAUAUAUACUUACAUACUGUGCACUGUUAGAAAGAAGUCCCGCUGAAGGAUAGAUUCAACACAAUCAUAAAGAAUGCAUAUUGGUGGAAAGUGUCACAUGAAUAAAUAAAACAAUAUAGCAACGCAUGACAGUGAGCGAUAGAGAACAGUAUGUACCCUCUCUUGACUCUGUGCCGUGCCGCAGGACUUCUUUCCAACAGCGCACUAUAUAUGUAUUAACAGUGAUCGGUUUUAUGCUGAAGCUGUUUUAUUUAAUAAUCUGGCACUCUAGUUCCUGAACAAAAUAAUUGGCCUUAAAUAAAAAUUUUGUAGUUUUCUUUGGUAAAAAAUGAAAAAAAAUAUAUAUUAUAUAUAUUCAUAAAUAAAUAUAGAUUGUGUUGAACGAAAUAUAGUUUUUAAUAAUGAAUAAGUAUCAUUUAUUAAUAGGAGACUGGAAUAGAACUAGUACUUAUACUGAACGUGCCUAUUUAAGUACUGUAUCAUAGUGCUAUACGAGUUUUUAGUCAAGUUGAUUUAUAAAUGCCGAAGAGACGUAUUAUCGUAUUAGAUAUUAUAUUAGGUUUAUCCAAAAGUUUUUUUCGUUUUAUAAGGAAAUAAUAGAUCCACAACAUUUUUUGUUUUAUAUUAUUUUUUUGAAUUAUGUAUGAUUCAUUUUGUUCCAAUAGAA